GACAACUUCUGCAUAUCCGAUUCUAGAAACUCCAAAUCAUGAAGCGCUGACUAAGUAGAAAGCGGAAAGUCUCACCACUCUGUGAACAGUACAUCCAUAUGGUUUCAGUGGAUCCUGCGUCGACGGAAAAUCCCUUACAGAUUCUACUGAAGCGGCUUGAGGCUGACGAAGUAGAUACGCUCGCGAAAAAGUGCGGUUUUUCUGCAGGCCUCGACUCUGUAGAGGUCUUAGACGCAGCCAGAUUUCGGGCCAUGCAGAUGGAAGAGGAGCUCAACGUCUUGCGCUCAAAAAUUGCAAGGAUCGAAAACGGUACUCUCCGCUCAGAGCUUACAGCUUUUGCGAGACCUCCUCGCGACAUCGACGGCUCCAGAUUCUGGGCAGUCCUUAUCGGUAUUGACGGGUAUAGACGCCAUCCACUGCAUGGUUGUGUGUCGGAUGCGCUAGAAGUAAACGACUACUUACUCAAUGAUCUCGGCGUCCCCAAAGAUCGCAUCCAGCUCCUUCUCGGUCCCUCUGGCAAACACUGCGCCCGCUGCCUUCCUGUAGAAUACUCCAACCCUACUCGCGCCAACAUCAUCAGCACACUUUGCGAUCUCGUCACCAAUCCCAAAAUCGAGAAGGACGACAGCAUCAUUAUCUACUUUGCCGGGCACGGUUCAUGCUAUAAUCACUUUCAUUACCCCGGGAAUUUUGACAAUGGAAACUCAAAAAUCUCAUUUAAGGAUCUGAAAAUGAUCACAGCGCUCUGUCCCAUCGACCGUGGCAAUCAGGAUGGCGGCGUGCCCGUACCCGAUAUCAGCAACCGAGAGAUCGACGCCAUUCUCAGCCAAGUAUGCGUUGAGAAGGGAUAUCACAUCACCUUCAUCCAGGAUGCCAGCCAUGGUGAGUCCUGCAGUCUAGACUCGUGUUCAGACACACGCAACGUCUGUCCGCUGCCUAUCUCGGACUUCGUCGCCAUGCUCCGCGCUGCCGAUGACACCAUCCGGAGGCUCCCUGCCUUUUGUGAAAACUCCUUAUGGGUUCCAGGAUGGAAACAAGAUACCGAAUCUCACGUAGUAUUGGCAGCUGCUGCAUAUGGCGAUAAUUAUGAGCGAUAUGAUGAAGAUACCGGGUCUCAUCAUGGCAUCUUUACGCACAAGCUUGUUCGCACACUCAAAUCGGGUAAACUGGGGAAAAGAUCGACGUUCCGUGAUCUCAUUUGCUGUAUGGGACCCUUUUCAUAUAAUCUGCAGGAGGCCAUUGUCUCUGGAGAUCACAAAAAUGCACCUCUUUGGUUUCAAAAUGAAUGAACAGCCUCGCCACUACCAGACGUACUAGAUAGCUACUGCUAUAGUGGGAGGUGUCGGUAAAUGUUCAGUACCAUUGCAUGCAAUCAAGUUAUAUGCGUAAAUACUCGAGCACAUUCCAAUUCACAGACUGCCUUCGACUCGGUAAUGGAAACCUGGAAUGCCAGGGAACAUUAACCGGAUUCUCCUAGGUUAUCCCCAUGCAUAACAGACCCGUAUAACUAGAUACUCACUCUAUGCAUCAGCAAAUACACCCUUCGACACAAUCUAAG